AUGGCAACUAUAGUAUUACCAGAGGGAGAUGUUGGAGGUUUUAAGGCUGUUGGGAAAUACAGUACCCCAACUCGUCGUCCAAUUGAACCUGUUGGACGCUACUUCUUAGCACAUGCAUCUAGAACUCUUAGGGGCCAUACUUGGUCAGAGUUUGAAAAAUUAGAAGCUGAAAAAAAUGUUGUGCAAAUAGAGUCCAAUGAAGAUGAAGACUUGGGAGACGAGGAGCAAAGCGAGGAGUUGCUAGCUCAUGAUCCAAGAGAAUGGAAGACUGCUGAUUUAUACGCUGUUUUGGGAUUAUCUCAUUUGAGAUACAAAGCGAACGAAGAUCAAAUCAGAAGAGCUCAUAGAAAACAAGUCUUGAAGCACCAUCCAGACAAGAAGUCCGCUAGUGGCGGGCUAGAACACGAUUCGUUUUUCAAGAUUAUUCAAAAAGCUUUUGAAGUUAUGUUGGAUCCUGUCAGAAGAAAACAGUAUGACUCGAUUGAUACUGCUGCUGACGCAAAGCCCCCAAAUCCAAAAUCCCAAUAUGAUUUCUUUGAAGCUUGGGGACCAGUAUUUGAAAGUGAAAGUAGAUUUUCUAACAAACAGCCCGUUCCGUUGUUAGGUGACUUGGAUACUCCAAAAGACAAAGUUGAUGCUUUCUACAACUUUUGGGGUAAAUUUGAUUCUUGGAAGACAUUUGAAUUCAAAGACGAAGAUGUUCCUGACGACACUGCCAACAGAGAUCACAAGCGUUACAUUGAGCGCAAGAAUGUAGCAGCAAGAAAAAAAUUCAAACAAGAAGACAAUAAAAGACUUAUUGCAUUAGUGGAAAGAGCAUAUAGUGAAGAUCCAAGAAUCAAACUUUUCAAAGAAGAAGCCAAAAAGGCCAAAGCUGCCAAGAAAUGGGAUAGGGAAGCUGGCUCGAGGAAAGCUGCUGAAGAAGCUGCUGCAAGGAAGGCUGAAGAAGAAGCUGCUGCGAAAAAGGCUGCAGAAGAAGCCGCAAUUGCCAAAGCUGGUUCCAAAAAGGCCAAGGAAGCCGCCAAAGCCGCCAAAAAGAAGAAUAAGAGAAGCAUUAGAUCUGCAGUCAAGGACAGUGAGUAUUUCGGAGAUGCAUCCAAGAGCAGUGAUAUCGAUGCUGAUGUUGAUUUGCUUAUUGAAAAAUUUGAUGAUAUUAAAUUGGGACAAGUUGCAGAUAGUUUGAAAGACGCUGAUGCAGCUUCUACUAAGGCAGUAAUUACGGGCGCAGCUAAAGAGUUGGUUGCAGCCGGUUCUUUGGAUGGUUCAUAUUUAAAGUAUUUCCAAGUAUAG